GCGAUUUUUGUCGCUCCAUGUAGAGAAAAAAAAGUGACUGGCCGAUCAGAUAACAGCAAGCUGCACCCCUCCGCGUGACAUGGUGAUGCGAUGAUCUCGUGUGAUUGCAUUCCGUUUUUCGCUGCUUGGCUGCUUUUUAUUUGCUAACUUCCUCCCUGCUGGCGAAUAUCUCCGAUUUGCAUCCCGGAACGGUGUAUCUCUCUUCAUUGUGGCCUGGCUCGCGUGCGUCCAAUCUCUACAUCUGCGGAUGAAACGCGGCUAUGGCUAUCCUCAGGCUGCUUGUGCUGUUCAUGGCUGCCGUAUGGCAGGCUCAAAUGUGUCUAGCAAAGACAGUCACUCACGACUUCAACGUGACAUGGGUGACGGCCAAUCCCGAUGGGCUCGCUGACCGCAAAGUCGUCGGUAUUAAUGGUCAAUGGCCGCUGCCCGUCAUCGAAGUGGACAAGGGCGAUCGACUCGUAGUCAACAUGCACAAUGCCCUGGACCGCAGUGCGUCAAUUCACUUUCAUGGCAUGUUCCAGAAUGGCACCAACGGCAUGGACGGGGCUUCGAUGGUCACUCAGUGCCCUGUACCCCCAGGCUCUGAUUUCACCUACAACUUCACUAUAAACCAGAGCGGAACAUACUGGUACCACUGUCAUACUGACUAUUGCUAUCCAGACGGCUAUCGUCAGGCUCUGGUUGUGCAUGAUGAUGAGAGCCCCUUUCACAAUGACUAUGAUGAAGAGAUGACGAUCACCGUCAGCGACUGGUAUCAUGAAAUGACGGAGGAUAUUGCACCGAAGUUUCUAUCGGUCUACAACCCCAAGGGAGCAGAACCAAUCCCCGAUGCUUUCCUUUUCAAUGAUACCAUGAACUCAAACUUAGUCGUAAAGCCCAAUACGACGUAUCUACUGCGACUCAUCAACAUCGGCGCUUUUGUUGCACAGUACUUCUAUAUUGAAGACCACACAUUUAAAAUUGUUGAGAUUGAUGGCGUCUACACGGAGCCUGCCGAAGCCGACACUCUCUAUAUUGCAGUCGCCCAGCGAUACGCAAUCCUCUUGACUACGAAGAAUACAACGGACAAAAACUACCCAAUUGUCACAGUUGCGGAUUCAGUCUUGCUGGAUAAUAUUCCUUCCGAUUUGCAGCUGAACCAGACCAAUUGGCUUCAAUACAACGCUGAAGCUGACCAUCCGCAAGCCAACAUCACCGUUGACGUGGCCUCGGAUCUCGUGCCGUUUGACGACAUCACUCUUGUUCCCACAGACGGCACCCCUCUACUGCCAGAACCCGAUAUGGAGAUACAAGUUGACGUACAAAUGAUGAAUCUUGACAACGGAGAUGGCUAUGCCUUUUUAAACAACAUUUCCUAUACCAUGCCAAAGGUGCCUUCGUUGUAUACCGUCUUUUCGGCCGGCGAGUUAGCAACCAAUCAAGCCGUAUAUGGCGAAUUCACCCAUCCAAUGGUUCUCGAACACAACCAAGUGGUGCAAAUCGUGCUGAACAACAAUGACACUGGAUCUCAUCCAUUCCAUCUUCACGGCCACAAUUUCCAACUUCUCGAUCGCCAACCUCCCUAUGGGCCGAACUUCUACGACUAUGCUGACGGCGACCCGGUCCCUUACGACCCGAACAACCAUACCGCAUUUCCGGCCACGCCGGCUCGCCGAGAUGUCUUUGUCCUCCCUCCACAGGGGUAUUUCGUGAUUCGUUUCGUGGCGGACAAUCCCGGCGUAUGGAUUUUCCAUUGUCACAUUGAUUGGCACUUAUCGCAAGGACUAGCCAUGAUCUUGAUCGAAGCACCAACCCAGAUUCAAGGCGCUGAUCGGAGCAACACUCCUCAGCAACAUUUCGAUGUCUGCAAGGCCGCUGGUAUCCCCUAUGAAGGCAAUGCCGCUGCCAACACAGAGGACUACCAGGACUUGACAGGGCAAAAUGAGCAAGUGGGCUGGUUGCCCGCAGGAUUCACGGCGAGGGGUAUAGUGGCAUUGGUGUUCUCCUGUAUAAGUGCCGUUUUGGGAGUGGUGUUUAUUGUGAUUUAUGGGCUGUCGGAUAUAAAAUUCAAGACCACUUCUAAUAUCGCACAGCCCACAUUUGAGACUACUGAAUCGGUGGCUGUUACAACAACGGGAAAUAGGGCCGAGAAUUACAGGGACUAAGACGGUGCUGUUAGAAAUUCUGGAGAUGUAGAAUCACUUCGGGAUAUUUCCUUUCAAUUUUAAAGACAUCUUAGAGUGUGAAGCUUGUUAUGAUACCUCAAUUAUCAUUUCUUUUUCAUUUCCUGCUUCCUAUUAUAGUAUAAAUACAGAUUGAUUUACAAUACUCUUUCCUCCUGUCGCGAAUUUUCCGGGAUUCCCCCUUUUUCUUUAGUUCUUGCUGGUUCUUUAUCAAAGUCUGUUGUUUGUCGUUUCAUUGACAAUGAUAACGCGGCAGGAUUGUUGUCAGAAAUCUCGGUCGCGUAGUCAGUUGUAUGCAGGAUCUCUCAUCCCCAGACCCCACAAAUUUGGACUACUCGGUACUUGUAAUCCCAAAUUUUCCUUUUUUACUUUGAAACAUCACAUGGCAGUACCUCUUUAAUACCCAGUUUUCUGCACUACCUAACGUUUAUUUAUAAUUAAUACGGUUUUCCGACUUUAUGCCGAUCAAACACAUUCC